GAGUUCAGCAGCUGAGGCUGAGACUAUAUAAACGGGUGAGUUCAAACCUCAGUCAGCUGCUCCUGAACAUCUUCUGAUAUCCUGUCACCGCCUGAAGACGAAGACAUUUGCAGAGGAAUUUAUAAAAGUGAACUCAAGACCUCUCUCAUCAUGGAUAUAACCAUCGUUAUGCUGAACGGGACUUCCCACACACUGAGCGUGCAACCAGGGGACACAGUGGGCUCUCUGAAACAACGCAUCCAGAGCAAGUUUGGAGUCCCCUGUGAGAAGCAGAAGCUGAUGUUUGUGAAUGGUCAGAAGACUCACCUGAGCAAUGACUUACUACCCAUCAGCUCCUACGGUUUGCACCCCGGUGCCAGGGUGUCCCUGCUGGUGAUCGAGCCGCCGACCAUCCAGGUGUUCGUCAGAAACGAGAAGGGGAAGCUCAACACCUAUGACAUCAAAGCUGACGAGACUGUGGACAAUUUAAAGAGCAGGGUCCAGAGCAGAGAGGGGGUCCCGGUGAGCCAGCAGAGGCUCAUUCACCAGGGCAGAGAGAUGGCGGGGGGCAAACUGGCGGACUACAACGUCACUGCCAACAGCACCAUCGACCUGAAUCUGCGUCUGAGGGGAGGCUGAGGACAGGCUAUUGACUCUGAAGGUUCAUACUCUGAACAUUCCUGAUUAUCAUAUAGUAUUAAAAAAUUAUUUUCUGAAGCCUAUUAUUUUUUUCAUUAAUUAUUAAUGGAAAUGAUCACAAUCCCAUGUCUUAUUUAUUUGUAUUUUCAUUUUGAACAAAAAAAAAAAAAAUCAAUGCAUUCCUCCUGUGUGUAAUCAUGCAUGUCUUAAAAACUUGUUAAGACUUAAUUUGGCAAUAGAAUAUGUUAUUCUCAGGACAAAGCACGUUGUACUUUAAUUUAAAAAAUACACCUUGUCAUUGGGAUUUGUUAACUGGACACUGUUUAAAAAAAAUAAUAAAGUUCAAAAUGUACUGAAAGUCA